GAGAGAAGGGCCACCAAUAGUGGACUCAGAUGGGUCAUUAAAUGAAAACAAAUGGAAUAGCUAUUGUUCUAAAUCAGGGUGUUACGUAAAGAUAAAAUUAAAUAACAUGGAAAACACUUUACAAACCUAAUGGGCUAUAUAAAAAAGUUAGCUGCUUUUGUUCUUCUUUAAAUAGGCCUUAUUCCCCUUUAAUUGAAAGGUAUAGACUUCUCUUUCUAUUUUGUCUUCACUUUCCCUUGACUUUUGUCUUUUGAGAACAGACAUUCCACAAAAGUAAAUUGUUUCCAAAGAAAAAUGCUCCUUAGUUUUAGAACAUGACACUUUUAGAUGGAGUAACCUUAAGUCGGUUACCUGUAAUAUCCAUAUAAGUAAACAUUCCAAAAUUCUAUUUUAAACAGAAACUUAUAGAGGGGAUUCGGAAACAUCAAUAUUGUUGUCCAUGCCAUUAUCUCUAAUUAAUCAAACAGAUCUUUAAAACAGGAGAGGUUCGAAGAGGGAAAAGGGAAGAAGGGACAUUAUUGUUUUGUUUUUGUUUAUUCUCCAAGUGGCAGAGAAGCAGCAGCAAUUUACUAAUUCAGGACAAUUUCUUAUCUUGGCCAAGCCCUUCGAAUGUGGAUCUAACCGGAGAGUUUAAGGAAAGGGCCAGAUGGAAGUGACUGUUGGGAGCUUCCCUGAAACCGAAAAGCAAAGUUGUGGGGCUUUAUAGCUCCGUGCUGAUGUGGGGAAUACCUGUUCUGCUCCGCUCCUGGCUGCUCCCACUGCUUGGAAGGGGCUGUGCACAUCACCUAGCAGUCAGUCGCUUUCCCAUCUGUCUUCUAACCCACCCCAGACUCAUCUCUCCUCCUCCACCCCAGCACCUCCUCAUCGCCCCUCCUCCGGUUCCUCUGCCUGCCUUCUAGUCUCCCCUCCCCCGCCCCCGCCCCCCAUCCCCUCCUCUUUUUCUCACUAUAGGCAGCCGCGGCUGCCUGGGCUGAGAGUCAUUUGAGCUCCCACCGCAGACAUGGCGACGUUGACAGUGGUCCAGCCGCUCACACUGGACAGAGAUGUUGCAAGAGCAAUUGAGUUAUUGGAGAAACUACAAGAAUCUGGAGAGGUACCAGUUCAAAAGCUACAGUCCCUCAAAAAAGUUCUGCAGAGUGAGUUUUGUACAGCUAUUCGCGAGGUGUAUCAAUAUAUGCAUGAAACCAUAACAGUGAAUGGGUGCCCAGAGUUCCGUGCCAGGGCCACUGCAAAGGCAACAGUUGCAGCUUUUGCAGCUAGUGAAGGUCAUUCCCAUCCUCGAGUAGUGGAACUACCCAAGACUGAUGAGGGCCUUGGCUUUAAUGUGAUGGGAGGAAAGGAGCAAAACUCCCCCAUUUAUAUCUCUCGCAUCAUUCCCGGAGGGGUAGCCGAAAGACAUGGAGGCCUCAAAAGGGGAGACCAGCUGCUGUCAGUGAAUGGAGUGAGUGUGGAAGGGGAACAUCACGAGAAGGCGGUGGAACUGCUCAAAGCAGCUAAGGAAAGUGUCAAACUGGUGGUCCGCUACACACCCAAAGUGCUAGAAGAGAUGGAGGCUCGCUUUGAGAAACUCCGGACUGCUAGGCGCCGACAGCAACAGCAGCUGCUGAUUCAGCAGCAACAGCAACAGCAGCAGCAGCAGCAGACACAGCAAAACCACAUGUCCUAGGCUGUAUUGCAAAUCCUUUAUAUAAAUCCCUUGGGAAACAGGAGUUUCUAGAAGAAAGAAAGUGAAAAGAAGAAAAGGAAAGGAAGAGGAAGGGAAGAAGAGAGGAGAGGAGAGGGAAAGAAAGAGGAAAGGGAAAAGGAAAGGAAGAAAAGGAAAAAAGGAAAGAAAAGAAAUGGAAAAGAAAGGAGAAAAGAGGAAAAUGAUUCAUAUUGAGUUUCUAUUCUAUGUUGAAGAAAUUUAAAAUCCAACAUUUUAUGAGAAUCUAUGCAAAAGGUGAGUAAGCCAUCUGGUAGCUCCACUGUUUCCAUUUUAGAAAAUAAAAACUCAGUAGGUCCUAAGGUUAGAGAGUUCCAUAAGUACUUCACUUCUCCAAGAAACUUUUGAAUCUUAUUUCAAUGUACUUUUUCAAAAACAUCUAUGAGAGAGGGUAACAGUAAAGAGUGUUCUGAUAUUGCCAGAAUGAAACACAUGGAUAUAUAUAGAUAUAUAUAUAU